AUGGCAGAAACACUUCAUAUAAAAUAUAAAGUGCUUCUGCUAUUUUUAAUCCUAGAAUUUUGUUCACAUAGCAUUAGAGACUCACAAGCCCCUGGAUCAGGUCGGGAGAACUUCAGUGACGACUUCACUUCCCCUCUGGAGCCGGAGCUCUCGUCUACGCCUUAUUCCAGUGCCUAUAUGACUGAGUACCCCUCCCAUCAGCCGGCGCUGGGACGCUCUCCCAGGGGCAGUGUCUCCCCUCCCCGGCACCAGUACAACACCUCCCCUCUCAGGACCCCCAGGGGGUACACCUCCCCUCUCAGGACCCCGAGGGGGUCCACCUCACCAUCCACACUCCCGCAGGAGGUAAGGUCUCGCAGGAACAGUGAUUCACCACCACGGCACAAUAGCUACCCCUCCGAGAGACGGUCUCCGAGGGGAGGCAGGGAGUCCCCUCUGAGGGCUGGUGAGGGAUACCCUCUCAACAAUCAGGACACCGGUUCACCUGACUAUCAGUACAGCGACAAGAAAACCAGGCGACCAAGAGUAAGCGUCCCUAGACCGUCUAAAAUCAAACGCUAUCUGCUUACCAGAGACCCGAAGGACAGGCGCAUUUCAGGUAACGGCCUCGGGAUGAAGGUGGUCGGUGGGAAGGAGAUCCCUGGCACCCGAGGACGUCUGGGCGCCUACAUCGUCCGCUUGCACCCUGGGGGCGUGGCCGACGUCAUGGGCCAGCUCAAGGAGGGAGACUUGAUACUGGAGUGGAACGGCGUUACCCUCAUAGACCGCACCUACGAGGAAGUGCAGGCCAUCGUGGCGCAGUCGGUUGACGACGCUGAGGUGGAAAUCGUCGUGAGAAGUGACAUAAAUAUGAUCACAGGGGAGCGACUGAAGCCCCCCAGCAGCAGCAGCAGGAGCGGCUCCAACGCCCAUUCUUCCCACACCUACCCAAGCCCAAGCUUCCAUAGCCCCCGCCGACGACCGGACUUCCCUACAGACGACCCUCUUGAUAUUAACGGCAACCGGUCCACCUUCGAUGGCCUUGUGGUCAACACGACCCGAAAUAGCUCCCAGGAGAACCUUUCCAUGAAUGAAAAUCGUUUUACGGAAAGCGAUGGCGGGUUGACAGGGGGGAAGUCUGAGGAUUCCUCGCUAACGGAUAGCCCGCGAGCACGGUCCACGUCUCGGCCCAGGCCUCAAGGCAACAACAGCAGUAGCAGCCCCUCCGACACGCGUGGGACCUCUCAGAUCAGCCCCGGGAUAGAGAGACCGACAACGCGACAUUCUAGUAGAGAUGGCGUUCACUCGGCUUCGUCAGCUUCCAUCAUUACCCACGGUGGGAUCCCUUUACGAUCGCAUUCCUCUCCAGAGCGCCGGUGCUCAAAUGGUGCUGGGACGUCUGGAGGAGGUGGUUCACACGUUCUGGAGGAGGAGGUCAGAGGAGGAGGAGGAGGUGUGGCUGUCUCGAGUCCUCCCCAACACCCCAAUCUGUCUAAUCGACGACGCUCAAACUCUAGAAACAAUGUUAAG